CGCGAUUUCGGACGCAGGGCAUGGUUGGAAAACGAUGAAAAAUGCCCGGAUGUUAUACAACGUCAUCCAACGUCAAUUCUAUCCCACGAGCCCACGACAGCUGAGGGGAACAUACUGAGGAGAACUGUAAACUGGACGGCUUAUUUUACUUGCAAUGUGUAAUUCGUCCCUACAAGCCCACAGAUAAAUCUGCCAUCAUCUCUCUCCACCGCUUUGGAAUUAUGGAGCACGUCUAUCCAGCCUUCUUCAAAGCCAUGAGACACACGGACCACAUCGGCGUGACCCUCAGCAUCUCGGUGGCAGGCUAUGUCCUUGGCGGAAGCUCCUACCUCCAGGCUUUGCUCUUCGGCGGAGUGUGGGUCAGUUUGAUUUACUAUUGCUGCUACGAGAUUUACAACAGCUACCUGAAAAGAGGGCUAGAUGUGGAAAUGUCCGACAUUCAGGCCAACUUCCUGGAUAACCCUGUGAAUCAUUUCUGGCUGGCGGAGGCGGAGGUCAACGAGAGGUCAAAGGUCGCCGGGCUUCUGGCUGUGGUGGGUGUAAAGGAUGGAAUAUGUUGUGACUGUUGGAACGGUAACGCAGAGGGCACGGGGUCUUUGGGAACAAGUGUGGGGGGCAUCUUUCAGUUGAUCGUGUCUCUUCCUCAGCGCCGUAAGGGUCUGGGAACCCAGCUGGUGGGGACCGCCAUAGAGUUCUGUAAGAGACAGGGGCUUUCUCGUGUGGUCGUGGAGAUCAGCUCUCCGCAAACGGCAGCUAUUUCGCUGUUCCGCAAACUGGGCUUUACAGUAACAUGCACACAUAGCGACACGCACACUUACCCUUGGGUAUCAAAACUGGCCAGGAUCGAUAUGAUACGAAUGGAGAAGUAUCUAUAAAUAAGAUGUUAACUGUUUUACAACCUUAGAUACAGUAUGUGACAUCUGGAGACAAUCAGUACAGUGCACUCACUGAAAAAAAACCAAGUAUGCAUGCUAGAUCAGGGUUUAGCUCCCAGAUUAAAUGAAGUAUAGGUUUUGUUGGAAAAUGUCAUCUCUUUGUGAUAUUAGAACUAAAGAAAAAGCACAUGGAAUAAACAAUAAAAAUAUGAUGGUGUGUAUCUAUUAUAAAUAGUACUUUAAUCAUUUUAACCCUUACAAAACAGACUUUAAGUGUGCUAUCUUUUAUACUUAAAGGAAGAAUGUAUACUUUCAGUCUCACGUUUAUUUACCUCUCAGAAAUAGCUAACUGAAAUGUGUAAGUCUAUUUAGCCUGUGUAGUCAAUCUUUUGAGCAAGAUAACAAUAUAACAUGACAUGAUAUAAUGAGUAAAUAUGAAUAUCUCACAGCACAAUCUCACGGCAAAAACGUAACUAUUUUUCGAUGUGGCUAAUUUUGGCUAAUUCACAUGAAUUUGUACCAUCUCAUUUGUAGAUUUUGAUAGGAUUUGCUUUCACGCCAGUGAUGUUAGGGAAUGUCAUGAAACAGUAAUGUUUCAGAAUUGCUUUUAUUCUAGUAAUUGCAUGUUUUUGUAAGAUUCACAACGUACAAAUUAAUACGAAUAAGCCACCAUGAAUAGUUACGAAUUCCCGUGUGGUUGGAAUAUGAUGUUAAGUUCACUUAAAGAAAACUUAUCUUGCUGUAUAAACUCGAAGUUUAGACUCAAAGAUGUGCUAAAACCUAGUGCACUAGUAAACCACCAGUAUAUCUAUAAGGAUUCUUGCAGUA